AUGAGUCACAGGUAUUCGUGCGAGACAUCGACGCUCGGGUACGACGCUAAUGCUUCGGUCGAGCUGCUCAACCCGCUGCAUCCGUGCCUGGCGUUCCGAGCGCUUGCGGAAGAACUCCUCGGUAUCCCGGUGCUCAAGUCUACCCGCAUUCACACCUGUUGUGACUGCUUCCUCGCGUCGAUGCAAACGACGACUACGACGACGCCAGGACUUGAAGGGAAAUGGCGUGCUCCGAACAAUGCCAGGACGCUACAACAAGGCAGCAGGAGACGAGCGAAGCAGUUGGAGACCAAGAAGCAGCUGGAUAAAACGACCAAGGACGAAGCGAUGCGAUCUUGCAGCCAGCAGCAGACACAGAAGAUCGCGCCGCGAGGCCCCCCGGUGGCCAUAAGAUCGCGCCGUGAGGCGGCGUGGAGCUCGUGCAGAAGGUCGCGCGCCGAAGAUCGCAUUGAGCGAGUGGCGCCGAGACGCCGCUGGGAGUGGCAGAGCAGCCAGUUGAAGAUUUACCAAGUUGGUGACAAGCGCGGGCAAGUCACCUCCAGCAGCCAGAAGAAGCCUCCGUCGGUCGAGACGUUGAGGCAGGAGGAAGCGAUCUGGUUCAAGUCCACAGCUGAGAGUGACGGGUUCGAGUCCCUGGACGGGUUCAAGUCCCCGGCUGACGGCAGCCAGUACACCGGGUUCGAGUCUCUGCCAAGCAACAACGGGUUCAAGUCCCUCCGUGGGUCCGAGUCCCUGCAGAGCAGCGACGGGUUCAAGUCCCUCAGUGGGUUCAAGUCCCUGACGCAGAGCUCGGGUUCAAGUCCUGACUUUGGAGGACGUGUGGUGCGCCUGGGAUAUCGACUGGUGAACUCUGUUGGACGUUGUGUGUUACUCGCGAGAGGAGCUGGAGGACCUCACGUGCAAUCGGUGGUCACUGCGGCUUUGAUCGUGGCUUGUGUGUUUACAUUUACGGAGUUCGUCAGAAGUUGCCACCGGAGACCUCGGAAGCGGCCGCGACAAGGUCCGGGCAAGGCAGCAGGGCGCGGGUAA